AUGUGCCCCCAGAUAUGGGGCGUCACAAAAAAUCUCACACCACAAAAAAUCUCAUCUAACCAUGGCUGUUACACUGCUAAACAAUGGAAAAAUUGUACCUUGGUAUACUCCUUAUAUGCACUGAAAGACAUUGUAGGUGAUGAACAUCUAAAGAGGAAGAUUACAGAGGAAGACAUAACUAAAGCAGAUUUAAUGCUGCUAAAAUUUUGCAGAAAGUUUCAAACUCUCUAUGGCAACUUGGCAAUAACUCCAAAUAUGCAUCUGCACUGUCACUUGAAAGAUGUGACUUUGGAUUAUGGACCCAUCCAUAGUUUUUGGUGUUUUAGUUUCGAACGGUAUAAUGGUAUUGUUGGAAGCAUUACGACAAACAAUAGUUCAGUAGAGUUGCAACUUAUGCGAAAGAUAACCAUCGCAAGGCUGCUUGGUGGCAUUCAGUUGGCUCAAGAGUUCAACCCUUAUUUUGGUGAUAUUCUAUCAUCAUUAGAAAAUUCUGUGGAUGUUAGCUGUGAAGGUCAAACUGCAACAUUUUCAAAUCUGCUAGAGUACUUACAAAUGGAUAAGAAAAUGCCUCUUCAUACCAUCAACUGGAGUAACUUGUCCGCAUUGUCUCUACCAACCCACUACAAGGAGAGUGUUCUUGAAAACGAAGAUACCCUUGCUCUUCUGCAGGUCUACAAGGUCCAUAGUUACUAAAACAUGGAACGACCCACAACAACCCACAACGACCCUACUACGACCCCCAACGACCCCGCAAUGCGUAGUUACUAAAACAUGGAACGACCCACUACGACCCCACAACAAACUUGUGGAUCGUUGUGGCUGGUUUUUUGGUCGUUGUGGAUCAUUGUGAGUCGUUGUGGGUUGUUGUGGGGUCGUAGUGGAUCGUUGUGGGGUUGUUGUGGGUCGUUCCAUGUUUUAGUAACUACGGUCGUAGUGGGGUCGUUGUGGGUCGUUCCAUGUUUUAGUAACUACGCUACAAGGUCAUGUUUGGCACGGAUUUUAACAUUGUUCAAGACCAACUAAGGAAAAACAUAAAGAAAUAUUAUUAUGGUAUAGCAGUACCAAUUUGGUUAAAAAAUGUCACAUAG